AUGGGAGCCACUGACGUUGACAAGGAUGUGAGCCAGUCAGCUUCUGGCAACGCUCUCAGGGAACGAUCCAGUGCCGACUACGGUGCUUACCUGGGUGUUCGCGAAACCGCGAUCGCGAAGAAGCAUCCCGUUUUGACGAAAAAGAAUGGGAGUAAGGUUGACCUGAAGGCAAAAGCUCGACGAUCGUCGAACGUCGCCGAGGCAACCCUGGCAGUUGAAGCUGAUACUGCUUCUCAAGGGGAUGGCAGCAAGGGUACUGAAGCAGGAUCGAUGAGCUCUUGCUUGGUUGAGGAGCGUCCGGUAGGAGCCGUUGAAUCAGACGGAGCUUCUGUGAAAGACAUUGCAGUUGAUCAUGCGCUUCAAGUCCGGGCUAAGAUUGGGAAUGCGUGUGAAGUCAGUCCGGAAAUGUUGGACGGGUGCGAUAUCUCCACUUGGCCUGAUUUCUCCGUCGAUCCUCUAGGAGCCGGCGAAAUUGACGAUCUUGAUGUACCUGGUAAUUUGGGUAACCUGGUGUUACCCGAUCCUGAGGAUGCGCUUCUGGACAAGCCGUCCGGCGAAGCGACUGAAGUGAAACGUGAACCUGCUGUUACCGAAGAUGUUCGACCGUCGGAGACGUUUCAAUCAGAUUCUCACCUGAAUGAGCAAAGCGACAUGACUUCCAAGGACACCAGCAAGAGUCCAGCGCAGAAGAAAAAGCCCAAGGUGGAUUGGACGCCGGAGCUUCACAGAAGAUUCGUGCAAGCGGUGGAGCAGCUAGGAGUGGACAAGGCCAUUCCGUCCCGCAUUCUCGAGCUCAUGGGCGUCAAGUCCCUCACUCGCCACAACAUCGCCAGCCAUCUCCAAAAGUACCGCUCGCACCGCCGCCAUCUCGCCGCCCGGGACGCGGAAGCCGCCAACUGGAACACCAACCGCGCACCCGCCGAUUCCGGCGCUUCUGCCGGUGCCUGGCCGGCCGCUGCUGCCGCUGCUUCUGCGCCGGCGGGAACGCCUGGAGCAUCGGGAGCCACGUGGGGUUCCGGAGCACCCGCUGCGGGUGCGGCCGUUAGCGUUGGUGGUACUCCGGCGAAUGCGGUAGCAAAUGGCGUUCCCAAUGCGGCUCCGGGUGGUGUUUCGCAUGGGGUUCCGACCGGUCAUCCUGCUGCCAUGAUGCCGCCGCGUCAAAUGCCCGGCAUGAUGCCGCCGUGCCCGCCUAUUCCGUUCCGCCAUCAGCCGUACGGCAACAUGCCGAUGAUGCAUCCGCAUCAAUCGUCGCCUGGCAUGAGCCCGAUGAUGCCGCACCCGCCGCCGGCCAUGGGCAUGCCGGUAUGGGGCCAUCCAACGUCGGGGGGAGCGUCGCCAGGCGGUUUUCCGCGGCCGCACAUGUGGGGACAUGUGCAGCAGCAGCAACAGCAGCAGCAGCCGCAGUGUCAGGGACAGCAGCAGCCGCAGCAGCAGAUGCAGCCGCGCGUGGCGGCGUACCCGCCUCCCUCGUGGCUAGCUGUGGAUGGUUCCUCUCCGUGGCACCACUACCCUGCGUUCCCCGCGGGUCCUCCCCCGAUGGACGCGUGGCCCCAUCCUGGCAUGCCAGCCCGCGGAAUGCCAUGCUUCCCCCCGCGCCAGCACCAGCACCCGCUCAGCUACCCCAUCCCGCCCAACGGCCCUCCCAACGGGGCCCCCAACGGCGCUCCCAACGGUCCUCCCCGCAUGGUCUGCGGCGCGCCCGUCUGUCCGCCUAACGGCAUGCCGCCUAACGGUUAUCCGCAUAACGCCGCGCCGUCCUCUGGAAGCCACGCGAACGGGGGCCCUGCCAUGAUGCCGCCGCCCCCCUUCUUCGGGAUGCCCAUGAUGCCCGGCCUCCCGCACGCGCCCGGGUUCGGGCCAUCUCCUGCGCACGGGUGGGGCAUGGGGGGAAUGUUCUCUGGAGCGGCGGGCGGAGCGGGAGGAGGGGGAGCGGGCGGGGACGGGGGCGCGGGUGACGCGGCGCAUGUGGCGGACGAGGCGAUGCCGAAUCCCAUGUUUCCGCUCUCGGAUGAUUUGACGGUGGACCUUGCUGCGAUUUCCGCUAGCAUCGGCGACGACCUUCAUGAGGCCAACGACAUUCUCGACGCGGCGAUCAGCGAGGCUCUCACCAACCCCGCCACGCCACUGCCGCUGGGCCUCAAGCCCCCCUCGCUGGACGGCGUUUUAGACGAGCUCAACCGCCAGGGCAUCCGCAUGCCCGCCUCCGCUGCCGCCACUGCCGCUGCUGCGGCAGCAGCAGGUGCUGGUGCUGAUGCCGAUGCGGACAUCAUUACUGCUGCUGCUGGUGUUGAUGGUGAUGGUGACGACGAGGGUAUCCUAUCGCUGACGGACUAUCCCGCUGGGCUCUUCUGCUCCGCAGAGGCCAUGGCAGCUGCUGCCUCGUUCCUCAAGGAAGAAGCUGUGUAG